AUGGAGUUCGACUGCCUUCACGUGGACCCCAAGGAGGAGGCCAAGAAGCACAAGCUUAAGAGGCUGGUGCAGAACCCCAACUCUUUCUUCAUGGACGUGCGCUGCCCCGGGUGUCUCACUAUCACCACCGUCUUCAGCCACGCCCAGACCGCCGUCAUUUGCGGCAGCUGCAACGUUGUCCUGUCUGAGCCCACCGGUGGCAAGUGCAGACUCACCAAGGGCUGCUCCUUCCGCAAGAAGGUUGAGUAA